CUUUUGAUAAGCACACCAGCACCAACUUUCUUUCCUUCUGCUUCAAUUUUCUCCAUACUUCAUAUAGACAAAUGGCAGCCCCUGAAAAUUCCAAUGGAACCUCGGUGCAUGGGGUUACAGGAAGAGAACAAACCUCUGAUAAAACUGCUGAAUUUGAUCUACCUGUUGAUUCUGAACACAAGGCCACAGCAUUGAAAAUUUUCUCCCUCGCACAGCCUCACAUGAGAGCUUUCCAUCUCUCAUGGAUCUCUUUCUUCACUUGUUUUGUAUCCACCUUUGCUGCAGCUCCUCUUGUCCCCAUUAUCCGCGACAACAUAAACCUGACCAGAAGUGACAUUGGCAAUGCUGGCGUCGCUUCUGUUUCUGGAAGCAUCUUCUCUCGGCUUGUCAUGGGAGUCGUUUGUGACCUUAUUGGUCCGCGUUAUGGCUGCGCUGUUAUCAACAUUCUAGCAGCACCUAUAGUGUUUUCAAUGGCAUUUGUAUCUUCGCCUGAAGGUUACAUAGCUAUCCGAUUCAUGAUUGGAUUUUCACUGGCCACAUUUGUAUCAUGCCAGUUUUGGAUGAGUACCAUGUUUAAUAGCAAGAUUAUAGGACUCGUUAAUGGAACGACUGGCGGAUGGGGAGACAUGGGUGGUGGAGUCACUCAACUUCUAAUGCCUUUUCUCUUUCAGCUUAUAAAACUAGCUGGAGCUACUCCUUUCGCCGCGUGGAGGAUUGCCUUCUUCAUUCCUGGCCUGCUUCACUUGAUUGUAGGAAUUAUGGUCUUAACUCUUGCACAAGAUUUGCCUGAUGGAAACCUUAGCUCCCUACAAAAGAAGGGUGAUGUUACCAAAGACAAGUUCUCUAAUGUGUUCUGGUAUGCAGUAACGAACUACAGGACUUGGAUCUUUUUCCUCCUCUAUGGCUUUUCCAUGGGUGUUGAGUUGUGCAUAAACAAUGUGAUCUCAGAGUAUUUCUAUGAUAGGUUUAACCUAAAUCUUCAAGCAGCAGGCAUGAUUGCUGCAACUUUUGGUAUGGCCAACUUUGCUUCGCGGCCAUUGGGAGGAUAUGCUUCAGAUGUUGCAGCUAGAAAAUUUGGGAUGAGAGGAAGGCUAUGGAUCCUAUGGAUAUUUCAAACAAUGGGAGGAGUCUUUUGUAUAUGGCUCGGCCGUGCUAAUUCACUUCCUUUAGCUAUAUUAGCCAUGAUCCUUUUCUCCAUUGGUGCCCAAGCAGCUUGUGGUGCAACAUAUGGCAUCAUUCCUUUUGUUUCACGACGAUCUUUAGGUUUGCUCAGUGGACUAACUGGUGCAGGUGGUAACUUUGGAGGUGGUUUGACACAAUUACUUUUCUUUACUGGCACCACAUUUUCCACUGCAAUGGGUCUCACUUGGAUGGGAGUUAUGGCCGUUGUCCUCACUCUUCCAGUGGCACUAGUGCACUUUCCGCAAUGGGGAAGCAUGUUCUUUCCAGCUUCUGGAAAUGAAGAACAUUCAGAAGAACACUACUAUGGAUCUGAGUGGACUGAGGAUGAAAAGGAGAAGGGUUUACACAAGGGAAGUCUCAAGUUUGCAGAGAACAGCCGAUCAGAGCGUGGCAAGAGGAUGAUUGUGGCUCUGCCAUUUACUUCCCCUGAUGGCAGUCCCAGCCAUGCUUGAUCAGAAGCUUCAUGCAGUAGUUAUCUUAACGAGAUAUAUAAUACGAAUUAAAGAAGAAAAUAAAAGUUACAGAAGUCUUCCUGAUCUGUACUAGCUUGUAUAUAUGUUGUUUGUUUCUGAUCUGAUUUAUUUUGUACUCAAUCUGCAUGUUUGCCAGAUGAUAGGUCUUUGCUGAUACAUAUUUAUCUAUCAUUAAAGUCAUAUAUUUAUAGUCUUGGUCUUACUUCUGCUUCAA